CUAUGAUUGAGGCGGGGCUUGAAUUUUGUAACGAAUUGUCAAAGUUGUCAUCAAAAGAGUACGAAACAAUAAUAUUUGAAAUUAAUAAUUAAACGUUUUUAAAGCACGAUAUGUUAUUAACGGAAUUAAUUACUCGAAGCAAAAAACGUUUAUAAGGAAUAGUGGUAAACAUUCGUAACGUGGGAACAAAACAUGAAAGCGACAUGGUUACUUUUAGCGGCGUUCAGUUGUGUAUACGGUCAGGGCUUGGAGCCUUACAAACCUAACUAUCAGCAGCCUUAUCCACCGGACGCCAACCAGAACGGAACGUAUAGACAAAACCUACAGGUACCCUACGGCAGUUUUCCUGUUAACGGGAACGAUUACACAAACCCAGCGCAGAGUUCUUUUUACCAAGAUAGCUUUAACUCCGACGUUUACGGUGACGGAGAAAACGAGGUCGAUCCACAGAAUACCGCCACUUACUAUGCAGAGUUAGAUUACGAGGAGCGGUACAGAUGCCCUCCUAACUGGGUUCGUUUUCGAGAAUCGUGUUAUCGUUUCACAAAAUCACCAGAUCGUCCUCGUAAUGAAGCUCGUAAAAUAUGUCAGGCGUAUGAAGCUGAUCUAGCCAGUUUGAACAGUCCAGAAGAACAUGGCUUCAUUAUCACCAACUUAAUGCGUCUAGAUCCCCAAAAAGGGUCAUGGUACAUCGGCGCUCAUCAACAGACCCCAGGCUAUUGGGUCAACGAAGCUGACGGCUCACAGCUGACUGGUUUGGAAAAUGCUUUCUUUGAUGACAGAAAAAUGACUUACACAAGCUACAAUUUGUUGCCUAAAGAUUACUUGGUUUAUAAAUUUUCUCAUGAAGACGGGCGCUGGGGAUUGGCUCCUUUGGAAGGCACUCAGUAUUACCAUUUUAUCUGUGAAGGUCAAACACAAAGAUUACAUUACUUGAUAGAGGAAGAAAGAUCCUUCACCUAUGGUCUAGACACCUAUGAUCCAGAAAGGUUGCCACGUGGUCCUUACUUCAUAAAAGAACCUGUGGAUAUUAUCUAUGACCCAAUGAAAAAGAACCAUGUUCAGUUAACAUGCAUUGCUGGUGGAUAUCCAGCACCGACAUACAAAUGGUUCAGAGAGGAUUAUCAAGUUGAUAACCCAGUUUUCACUGAAAUAGAUCCACUCUCUGACACAAGAUUUAUACUUAGUGGUGGUACCCUUAUGAUAGACAAGCCUGAUGCUGAAAAAGACAAUGCAAAGUAUCACUGUACUGCUACAAAUAAAUUUGGUGUUAUUCGUUCAGAAUCAGUUCGGUUGUCAUUUGGCUUCAUUAGAGAGUUCAAUCAAAAAAGACCAGUGGAGAGUGGUAAUCAAUAUUGGGGAAAAGUUAUGUAUUGUGAUCCGCCAUCAUAUUACCCAUCGGUCAGCUUUCUCUGGGCACGUAACUAUUUUCCAAAUCUUGUAGAGGAAGAUAAAAGAGUGUUUGUCUCCUAUGAUGGAGGGCUUUACUUCUCGGCAUUGGAAACUAUUGAUAGAGGUAACUACAGCUGCAAUGUGAUGAGUAAAGUAUCUGAUGCUGGUAGAAAUGGUCCUUUCUUUCCACUUCUUGUGUACCCACAUUCAGAUUAUCAGCAACUUAAGUUUCCAAUUGGAUUUCCAAAGGUGUUUCCCGAUGCCCCAGUUGUAGGACAGGAGGUGAGACUGGAGUGUGUUUCCUUUGGCUAUCCAGUUCCCUCUUAUAAUUGGACUAGGAAAAAUGGUGGCAUCCCUAAACAGGCUUAUUUGAGCAAUUUUGACCGUGUUCUGACCAUACCUAACGUAGGUGUGGAAGAUGAAGGUGAAUACUUGUGUGAUGUCCGCAAUGAUAGAGCUCGUAUUUCAAACACUGUCUAUCUGAAAGUACAAGCUGAACCAAAUUUCACCAUCCCAUUGACAAAUAAGCAUAUGGACAAUAAAGGUGACCUGCAUUGGAACUGUGAAGCAUUUGGCAUCCCUGAUGUUAAUUAUACCUGGUGGAAGAACAGUGAGAAAAUUUCCAUGGACACCUUAGCAACUGAAGAUAGGGAUAGGUACAUAAUUCAAGAUAAUGUACUUAUUAUCAAGUACUUGGAUCCUACACGAGACCCUGGCAUGUACCAGUGUGAAGCCAAAAAUCAAUUGAAAGCUAGAUAUUCUACAGGUCAACUUCGUGUUUUAUCCCUCAAGCCAUCCUUUAAAAAGCGUCCUCUAGAAUCUGAAACUUAUGGAUCGGAAGGAGGAAAUGUUACUCUUCGAUGCAAUCCUGAGGCUGCGCCUAAACCUACAUUUACUUGGAAGAAGGAUAACAUUGUGAUUGGUGCUGGGGGUAAAAGAUUUAUAACUGAAACUGGUAAUCUUAUAAUCAGGCAGUUAUCGAGGGAUGACGAAGGUGUUUACACUUGUGUUGCUAAGAAUCAAUAUGGUACUGAUGAAAGUCGUGGACGACUCAUAAUUUUGCGCGCCCCACGCUUCAUAGAACGGCUACAGCCGCGAAUCACGACCCACGUUGGUUCAGUGAUAUUCCUGCAUUGUCUUGCAGAUAUUGAUUCUCUUUUGGACACUGCCUACCUAUGGAAUCACAAUGGUAUAGGAAUGAGAGAAAACGCAGAUGUUUAUGCCAAUAAACGCAUUAAAAUCGACGGAGGAGAGUUAACGAUAUACGACGUGAGUUUGUCGGAUGUCGGAGAGUACGAGUGUGUAGUUAAGUCAGCAAUCGGUAGGAUUUCGACACGCACCCAAUUGCGUAUCGAAGGUCCACCCGGUGCGCCUGGAGGUUUACAGGUUAUUAACAUCCAGAGAUCCUCUGUAACUCUCGAAUGGACAGACAGCAAUCCCAAUGGGCGUCCAAUCAGCAGCUACGUCAUCACAGGUCGCACACAAUGGAAUUCAACUUGGUAUAUUGUCAAUGAGAAUGUGGUAAACGUCAUGGAAAUCGAUAGGUAUAACGGACGAAAGCGAGCGUCGAUUUCUACAACUCUGUUGCCGUGGUCAGUGUACGAGUUCAGAGUGCAGGCUGUCAAUAGUUUAGGGGUAGGGAAGCCGUCUUCUCCCAGUCCUCAGUUCUCUACUCAACCAGAUAAACCGUACCAGAGUCCGUUUAACGUGGGCGGCGGAGGUGGUAAAAUUGGCGAUCUCACUAUUAAAUGGAAUCCGUUACCACCGUCACUACAAAACGGCCCUGGAAUUCAUUACAAAAUAUUUUGGCGUCGGAAUAACUCUGAAGUGGAAUUCCAGUCGCUUUUACUUAAAGAAUAUGGAAACGUCGGAAUGCACGUCGUACACAUUCCUCUAGAUUACUUCUACACGCCUUAUAACGUAAAAGUCCAGGCUUUUAACGAUAUUGGAGCUGGUCCAGAGAGCGAAGUAGUGACGAUAUUCUCUGCCGAAGAUAUGCCUAAGACUGCGCCACAAUUGGUGUACUCUCGAUCCUUUAACUCUACGGCACUGAAUGUUACAUGGAAUCCCAUUGAUCAGUCUCGUGAGAAGUUGCGCGGCAAACUCAUUGGGCAUCGUCUUAAAUAUUGGAAACAAGCGAAUAAUGAGGAGGAGUGCAUAUACUACCUUUCUAGAACAACGAGGAAUUGGGCUCUUAUUGUUGGAUUGCAAGCAGACACCUAUUAUUACGUCAAGGUAAUGGCAUUCAACUCUGCGGGCGAAGGGCCGGAGAGCGAACGGUACUUGGAGCGAACGUUCCGCAAGGCGCCGCAGAAGCCGCCGGCCUCCGUCAACGUGUGGGCCGUCAACCCCAGCACUGUGCGCGUCGUGUGGCGAUACGUGCAGCCCACUGAUGAGGAGGAACCGCUGCUCGGAUACAAGGUCCGAGUUUGGGAAAUAGACCAGGACAUGAGCACCGCAAAUGACUCCAUAGUCCCAGUGGAACAGAAACUUGAAGCGUAUGUGAUGAAUUUGACUCCGGGUAAGUCGUACAACUUGAGAGUAUUGGCCUUUUCCAAUGGAGGGGAUGGAAGGAUGUCCUCACCGCCGAUCACCUUCCAAAUGGGUGAUUACCACAGCGACGCAUAUGGUUACUAUGUUCGUAGUUCUGCAUAUAGAUCUGAAAUCUCAAAGGAAUCUCUAUUGAUUACCACUUUCGUUCUUUUUUCUGUAGUAUAUAAGGUUAUAUGUUUUUAAGAUUUAAAUAAAAGAAUAGACUCUUAGAUCUGUAGGUCUGAGAUGCGCGUUAAUAGAUAAUGAGGUAAUUUGACAAUAAAAUAUCAGUCUCUCUUUCAUUGCGUUGAAAACAAAAAGACAACAAUAUGGUUACAAAAUUAUUUGUAAAAGUGUUGGAUAGUAUAAGUUUUGCCUUUGACAAGAAACUGACUGUUGGAAAUUGGCAUUACUAGCGGGUAGUUUGAGAAAAAAUCGUAUCAGAACCUGUUGUUAGUUGUCAUUCAAAUGUCAAAGUCGGUUUGACAAUCGAGCGGCGGCCAUUACUGUAACCACGAUGCCAUUUUAAAAUUGCAUGUUGCAUUCGUUCAGCUGUGCCGACAAGUCGUGUGCACGCGCUAAUAUCAAAUAAAUAAACUUUUUCUCUUUAAAGACUACCUCGCUGUGUAUGUUAUCUUGAAGAACUGUUCUAAGUCAGUAGAACGGUUCUCAGAUUACUUGAUUGGUUUUGGAUGAAAUCAGUAAACACUCAUACAAACAACAUAUAAAUAUAUUUACAGUCCACUUGCAUAAUAACCGGACACUUAGGCUGUCUGACACUUGACAGAAGGUGGUCGAACUGGCCCUAUCUCUAUAUCUCUUGACGCGCAUUUUCAUCUAAAGUCCGGACGCUCAGAGAUUGCGUUUCUGGCAGGUCGUGAUAAAAUGAGACAAAUAUAAUCAAUUACAAUUGCCUCGUUAUUAUGUCUAAUCACUACAAAGAAACAAUUGGCCUUGAAACAACGCAGUUCAAUAACCUUAUACCAUUCAAUUACGACCUGUGAGAAACGCAAUCUCUGAGCGGCCGGACUUUAACUAGCGUAGGCGUUUAGUUUUAUCGAAUAUCAUACAGAUAAAACUAUUGCCCCGCCUUAAGAAAACACGUAGCUUGUAAGAUGCUUAUUUUUACAUGAUCAAUUUUAUUAAUGAAUAUAUUUUUAUAUUUUGAUACUGACUUAUAUUCAAUAUUGAAUAUCAUUCUUGUUGUGCUGCUAUAUACAAAGGAAAAUCCUUUGUAUAGAAUUUACUAUUUUUUUUUGAGUAAUUUCUUUUUUGUGAUAUAAAUAUCCGGCCAUUUUAAUUUAUUGCAAUGCAUUUAUGUUUUAUUUUUUGUUAAUUUUCAAAUAAGGACAAUAAUGUUGCUAUUAUAAUAUUUUUAUUAUAACUCUCUUUAAGAAUCUCAAUAAGUAUGCAUAUUAAAAUAAUGUAAAGAUUUAAUUUUUGAUAUUUUUCCAAAACAGAAUCAUAUCAUGAUGUAUCCUUCAUAUCUACACAGUGAGUAGAUGUAAGAAAUUCAGUUAUUUUUAUGUAAUUUUCUGGAAUAUACUAACAAUCCGAGCCAUUUUUUGUAGAUAAGGUAGUUCUGGUAAUUAUUAAAUGUAGGAUGUAUAUUAAUUUACAUGUAAGUAUCUAAAUCAAGUUCUUGUAAUCAAUGGUUGUAAAAUCAUCACAAUGUCAUCAAAAUUGGACUAUUCUCGGCAUUCAUACUAAUUUUACUUUUAGAUCGAUUUCGCGCCAACCAUCGAUAUAAAUCGUUAGAUAGGCCCCUCUAUAUUAAAGAACGCACAAUGUUAUGUCAUUACUCAAAGACGUGCACGCACAUCUUAUCUUAGUAUGCAAAAAGCGCAUGCGGUGAGUGGACGUGGACUUAAAAAAAUUUUGCUGUUUUUUCUUGUUUAAUCCAUUAAUUAUGACUUCGUGUUCAUUUUGGAAGUGUAAAAGUACAAGCCGCAAACACGAGUAGAGACAAAGGUGUUACGAGUGAUGACGGCUUAACGUGCGAAACCAAUGACAAUUCCGCGACGCUUCGGGGCCCAUCUAACGAUCUACGAUCGAUGGCGCCAACUAUAACAAAAUUUUGAAAUCGUCAUAAUUUCAAUUCUGAUGGUUUGUAAGAUUGUAUUAACAUGGAGAGACAUUCCUGUCUAAAUAUUGCACAUAUUUAUUUUAUAACUAGCGGACGCCCGCGACUUCGUUCACGUGAAAUUCAAAUUCUGAUUUUUUCCGGGAUAAAAAGUAACUUGGGUUUAACUCCAAGGUCCAAUUUAUCUGUAUACCAAAUGUCAUCUAAAUCGUAAAAAGUUACAGACAGACAGCCUUCGCAUUUUUAAUGUUAGUAUGAAUUAGUAUGAAUGUAUAUAAAAGGAGUUGGACUUUUUGCGACGCUGAUAUUUGAGCACGCCCGGAAAUGCUCCAAGAUCCGUUAUUAGGUAUAUACAUAUACCCUCAACUGUUAUUUAAUUGUGAUUAGAAAUAAAUGAAAGAUAAUAUUUCACCUACAACCUACGUGCAAUGAGCCAAGGUGAAAAAUUAAUUAUCAUUUAUUUAAAAUCACAAUUAAAUAACAGAUGAGGGUAUAUAUUUCUAAUAACGGAUCUCGUACAAAGCGUACAAAUCGACGAUCGGCGUAAAUAAAUACUCAAAAGACUCAAUAGAUUCACAGUUACUUUUUACACCUUUUCCCCAUUUUUGUGUGCAAGAAUGCUAGAAUGUUGUAGUCGGUUAUAUUGUUUUCGUUUUGGUUUAAAGAUUUAACGUUUUAAACUUUAAUAUUAUGUAGAUUUAAUAGAACUGUGUAAACGUGUCCGAUUUGUGUAGAUGACAAUUUUUGUAUUUUUUAUAAUGAUGGAAUUUGGAAUUGAAGGAGUUGAAGUAACGGGAUUUAUCUCGUGGAUAGAAAUUCAAAUUUUGCCUUAAUAGUAAUGUUAAAUGUUAAUAUGUAUUUUGUAAAAAAAUCAAUUUGUUCAAUAAAACUACCCAUGGUAUAUUUU